UUGAAUACCUUCAUAACGAAUAUAAUUAUAAAUAUAUCUUAAAAUAUAUAUUUCACAGUGACCUGCUGCUGACUGUGGGGCAGGUUGUUACUGUGAGUGAGUGGUUGGGGGGACCGGAGGGGUGUGUGUGUGUGUUUGUGUGUGAGAGUUGAGAGAGCACUUCAGCUAUUGGCUGAGCAGCACGCGCGCACGUCGUGACAUAUAUUGCAGAAUAACUUCUUCCAUUCCCGUCAAUGUUACAGUUUUCCUCGAAUGAAGACGUUGUCUGGAGAGCUGCUGGAGUAGAUGAACUGUUGGCCUCCCGAGUGGCGCAGCGGUCUCAGGAACAGCUUGCAAUAAUUAUUAUUUUGAGGGAAACAGAUUUUUGCUUCCAACGUCAUUACAAAUGGGGUAUAUGCAGGUAGAGGAGUACACCACCAACAUGUUACACCUGAAGAGAUCGCCUGGAAUCCGCUCCUGGUCGCUGCUCAUAGGUAUUGCGUCCAUUGGCCUGGCUGCUGCAUACUACAGCUCAGACAGUAUCCUGUGGAAGCUUUUCUAUAUGACGGGCUGUCUGUUCGUGGCCAUGCAGAACAUGGAGGAGUGGGAGGAGGCAGUGUUUGAUAAAACCAAGAAAGUGAUAGAGCUGAAGACCUUCAGUCUGUAUGCCCUGAUUCUCACCAUGUGUAGGAGAGGCCAGGAGAAAGUGGUGAUGGACAUGAGGCACCUGCGUGACGUGUGUGUUCAGGAGGAGAAGGUGCGCUACCUAGGGAAGGGCUACCUGCUGGUGCUGCGACUGGCCACAGGUUUCUCCUACCCCCUCACACAGAGCGCCACCAUGGGGGGACGCAGUGAUGUGGAGGCGGUGGCUUCGUUGCUCAAGCGUUUCCUGGGUCUGGAGGAGCUCCAGUGUCGCUGGGAGCAGGAGGAAGAGGCAGUCAGGGAGGAAGAUGAACUGGACCCCAGCACUGACUCCGAAGAAGAGGGGGACUCAGUGCAGUAGAAGGAGAAGAGGUGAUGAGGGGAAGCCACAGCAAACUUGAAAUGCACCCAAAUAUAUUUUAUAGCAUUUCGUAGUAUCCCUGAUAGUAUAAAUUGCCUUAAAUACACUUCAAUGGUAGCGUUUUCCACAGAGUAUUUAAACAAAAUCAUAGUUUGUUGUGUUGCCUGUUCUUCAAAAACAAUCAUUACUGUAUUAGACUCAACCCUAUAAUCACAGUGCCUUUCUAUUUAAAUGUAAUCAGUAUGUGUGAAAUACUCAUUCAGAACAUUCCCACAGUUUAGGGAACACAGUAUGUUUGAGACCUCCCAAGUGAUAAUCUUGGUCUAGUAGGAUUGUCUCUACUCACUGCAAAUCCAUCCAUCCAUCCAUCUGAAUGCAUGUGACCGUAAACUAUAAUCAAGCAUGGAUUUCCAGGGAUCAGUUCAGAAUGUUUGCCUGUUUUUAUGUUAAAGUAAAUACUUGUAUGUCUUUCAGCAUUGAUGGGUCCUAUGACUAGGGUCAGACAGAAUCUGUGGAGGCAAAACCUCUAGAAUAAACUUAAUCUAACAGCUUCUACAUCUGCAUUGCUUGCUGUUUGGGGUUUUAGGCUGGGUUUCUGUAUAGCACUUUGUGACAUUUGCUGAUGUAAAAAAAAGGGUGUAAUAAAUUUUAUUGAUUUGAUUUAUUAUUCAUAGGGUAAACUACAGAUUCCGGCUGGCCUUAUAUAUACAAAAUGAAAGACCAGUCUCAGGUAACAUUCUAUCCGUAGACAAAUGUGUUAAUAACAAUAGGUAUGUUUGACAAGUAAACUGUAUUACAUUGUAUCUGGACUAUAUUAACUACGUUACUGCAUCUGUUGGCAAGAGGAAGGUGAGUGUAGAUGCCUUCUGUUGCUUGAAAGAAAGAAUGCAUUAGAUAUUUUGUGUCCAGUUAGUGUGUGCUGCUGGAUGACUGCAGGUACUGGUUUUCCUUGUCUUUUUUUUUUAAUUUAAAAUUACUUCUAUACAUUUAUUUGUGCUUUUUUUGUUAAAAAAACAGAAUGAAAUAAAAGUUGCUUUUUGAUAAUCAUG